CGGCGUCAUUAUUUAGUGCAGCGCGAGAUUCCAAGCCGUAAAGGUCGUAAGUCGUGGUCGCUCUCUCACACUCUCUCUCUCGACGGUGUCGUCCUCUGGUGGUGGUGUGUUACACAACCAUCCUGGAUGCACUUCCUGGUUGGACGUCAACCGGUGCAGUUGCGUUGCGCCCGCCGAGCAGGCAACCCGCGUGUCGUUUACCCAGCGCCAUCUCGUGGCAGCCGUCGUUUCGUCGCCGUCGCGCCGCAAAGUAGACAGUAACGGAGCAGCAGCAAAAAAAAUCACAAAAUUCGCCCGUGUGUAUGCAAUUGUGUCCUGGUGCGUGUUACAUAAUUGAGUGCGAGUCUGUAAUCGUCGCGUGUGUUUGUGUCUGUGUGUGCCGUGCUGCAUACCGUUAGGCUGAAUUGCCUACCGCUAGGCGCUUUUGUGCAAAACGGUUGAAAGAAAACGGUGACAAGUGUGUGUGUGUGUGUCAGUGUGUGUCUUGUUCAAAACUAACCAAAGCGGGGUCAAUUGGGUGAGUGAUUCGGGCUUGUGAGGAACCCCCCCCCCCAGCUUAGCGAAAAUACAGCCCCUCAAGAGCGGCCGCCGCAAGGGCAUCCCGCACAAGUCGGCGCCAGCCGGCCCUUCGACGGUCAACGAGAAAGACGAUAUCUCAUCUAGUGACAGUGCAAAAGGCAAUGGCGAUUGUCAACUAGCUUCACCAGGCUCGUUGAAAUUCCUGCUGCAAGUGCUCGACACCAUGUCAUCGCCGCCGACGAUACCGCUGUACAGUGGCCGGUACCCGAACGGGUACGGGCCGCCCUUUAACGGCAUCGAGCCGCACGAACCGCUCGACUUCCGCAAGGUCGAAUCCCAGCGCAGGAACAGCACUGACACAGGAACAAUGGACCAGCAGUACUGUCUCCGCUGGAACAACCAUCAGUCCAACCUGACGACAGUGCUGACGACGCUGCUGCAAGAUGAGAAGCUGUGCGAUGUCACGCUGGCCUGUGACAAGGGCAUUGUCAAGGCCCACCAGGCGAUCCUGUCCGCGUGCAGUCCGUACUUUGAGCAGAUCUUCGUCGAGAACCGUCACCCCCACCCGAUCAUCUACCUGCGGGACGUCGAGGUGAGCGAGAUGCGCGCCCUGCUCGACUUUAUGUACCAGGGCGAGGUGAACGUCGGCCAGCACAACCUGCAGAACUUCCUCAAGACGGCGGAGAGCUUGAAGGUCCGAGGUCUCACCGAGAGCAGCGCCGAAAGCCGGUACUCGUCGGACGCGGACAAAAGCCGCCCGGACCGGCCGCGGGGUGACUCCCGCGAUGGCCGAGACUCCUGCCCACCUGCUUCCCUCACCAACAACAACAACAGCAGCAACAGUCUCAGCCGGGACCGGGACGCCAACAGCGGCAGCAACAACAACAACAACAAUAACAACAAUAACAACAACAACAACAACAACAAUACUCUGCACCACGUGGCGUCCCUGCGGGAAAAGGAGCUGCGCGAGCGCGAGUCGGAGAUUCAGGCGGCCCGGCGGGAGCGGGACCGGUUGGACCGGGAGCAGGCCGCGGAACUCCGACACCGGGUGGAGCUGCAGGAGCAGCAGCAGCGGCGGGUCAGCAGCGCCGAUUUGUUGACGCCAAUGGGCGGCGGCGGCGGCGGGCUUGACGAGCGGGACUAUUCGCCGUCGGGCGGGAUUGACGAGCGGGACCGGGAUCUGGACCGGUCCGGCGGUGGCGACAGUGGCGGCGGGAGCAGCAAGAAGAAGCGUAAAAUGUCCAGCACCUGUGAUAUAUCUCUGCCGUCGACACCGAGCCUGAUCACCGAUCGGCAAGGCGGGUACGAAUCGCAGGCGUCAUCACACAGUAGUUUCAAGCUAAGUCCAAAGCCCGAGGACGAGUUCAAGGGCGGGUCGGGCUCGCCCGCGCCCGUCCUCUCCCUGUCCGGCCACCCGAUCAUCCAGUCUAGUAUUAAGCAGGAGCUGCCCGACAUGCCCGGCGUUCGACAUCACUCGCUACCUCCAGACUUCCCGAAAAAUGUUUGGGGAUGUGAGCCGUCCUCGGGCAAAUCUUCCCAACCACAACAACAACAACAACCGUCGACGUCCGGAAGUCGGGCGCCCACGCUAACCCUGACCACGACCACCACAACUGCCAUAAAGGAGGAACCGUUCCACCCGCAGAACCUGCUCCACCAGCAGCGUCAGCAGCAGCAGUCCCUCUUUACGAGCCUGGCCGAACAGCUGAAGCCGUCGACUUCCGGCCAGCAGAGCCAACACCAAACCCAGCAGCUCCAGCUGGCCCAAAGUACAAUUUCGAUCAUCUCGAACGCGGCCGCGGCCAGUCCGGGCCAGUUCUCCGACUGGUACCGACUCCAGCAGCAACAGCAAACCCGUGGAUCUUCCAGUGCCAAUCCGUCGGCGGCGGCGUCCGCCCCCGGAACCACUUCCGCCGAAGAAUCCCUCCUGGAGGAGAUCUUCCGGACGCCGGUGGAACCGCCACCACCGGUCCCGCCCCGCCCGAAACCCGCGGCAAACCCGCGUGCCCGCGCCCCGACCACGACCUCCUCGUCGCGCAAGGGUGGCCGCUUCCGGCCCAACUGGCUCGACCAGUUCGAUUGGCUCAAGUACGACGAAGGGAAGAACUACAUGUACUGCGAGUUUUGUCGCCGCUGGAGCAACGACAUCCCGGACAUCCGGACGUCGUUCGUGGAGGGCAACUCGAACUUCCGGCUGGAGAUUGUCAACCAUCACGACAAGUGUAAGGCGCACCGGCUGUGCAAGGAGCGCCAGAUGAGGGAGCUCGAGCUGAGCGGAGGAGGAGGGACUCCCGUUAAGAUGCCAAUGUACGCGGAGGAGAUGUCCAGCUUGCUGACACCCUCCAGCCCGGGGCAGGAGCAUCAUCCGCUUCCGCCCCACCACCACCACUCGUCACACCCGCACCUGAACCAUAUCCGUUACAAGUCGAAGCAUCCCAUGCCAAUGAACCUCAACUCGGAGGACAUGGGCAGCAUGCUGCCGAGCAACAUGCCCCCGCUGAGUGAUUCCGGCGACAACGAGGGCCACCUCUCGCACCCGGACCACCCGGACAACAUCGACGGCUCCAAGGCCUGGCACAUGCGGCUGACGUUUGAGCGUCUGUCGGGCGGCUGCAACCUGCACCGGUGCAAGCUGUGCGGCAAAGUGGUAACGCACAUACGGAACCACUACCACGUGCACUUCCCGGGCCGGUUCGAGUGUCCGCUGUGCCGGGCGACGUACACCCGGAGCGACAACCUGCGGACGCACUGCAAGUUCAAGCAUCCGAUGUACAACCCGGACACGCGCAAGUUCGACAACAUGAUGUCGCCGGCGAUGGCGUCGCAAGCGGCCGCCGCAGCCGCCGCCAUUUCAGCCGCCGCGGCCGCCGCCAACAGCUUCAAGACGGACUUUUCGGCCGCGGCCGCGGGCCUCGCCGCGAACGUCAACUACGCCGCCCUGAGCCCCUUCAAGGCGGACUUUCCCAUUCCAAACUCGGCGGCUGCGGCGGCGGCGGCCGUUGCAGCGGCGGCCGCCUCGACGGCGUCCUCCUCGCCCGGACUGCACUCCCAGAGCGGCACGUCCGACUACCCUAGACAAAAUGGCGGCGGCGACAUAGUAGAUAGUUCCUCGACGGUAGUCACCGACAACAACAAUAGCAGUAGCAUGAUGAUGAUGAUGGUAGCACCAACCAACAACAACAACAAUGUACCUGGUAGCGAACGGACGGCUACAAGGCCCGCAUCGGCCAGCAUUUCACCGUCCUCUUAUCUAGAUCAGUCUGGCGGCGGCGGCGAAAGUGACAUCACCGGCGGCGGCUACAACCACUGGAAGAAUCUCGAAAACGGUCAUAGCAUGUUGUACGGACGGCGUAGCAACAGCGUUGGGAAUCUGUACUCUGCCGGGCAGGACUUUUACGACCACUACCACCACCCGGGUAUGCCGCAAGUCCCGGCGGACAAACCGAUCGGUCAUACAGCUGUCAAAUCCUCCACAGAACGGCCGCCGUCGACGCCGACUUCGUCGCCACGGUUCUACUUCUACCGCAAGCUCAAGACGUACCGUAUCGCGCAGAUAUUCGAGAAAGUGAACUCGCUGGACGAACGCAAACGGUGCCUGCUGUGCGGGAAGAUCGUGUGCAACGUGCGCAACCACUACUACGUGCACUUUCCGGGCAAGUACGCGUGCAGUCUGUGCACGGCCGUGUACACCCGCAGCGAUACGCUCUUGAUGCACUGCCGCUCCAAGCACCCGGAGCUGAACGUAGUUGGCCCCCAAAUGCCCAUCGGUGUGUUUUCUGUUCCCUUUUCGUUGGUUGCAGGGCCGGGGGGAGGAGGCGGACAGUAUGAGCACCAUCUGUCGCGGAGCAUUCUCACGUCGGCGGGUCUGGUCGUGGCGGCAUCCCCGGACGGUCCCACCGGGGGUGGGCACGGCGUCGACGGGGGCCUCGGUGGUUCCCACCACGGGCACUACCCGUUGCACCACCAGAUGUCGUACCACAACAUGUUUACGCCGUCGCGCGAGCCCGGCACGGCCUGGCGGUGCCGCUCCUGCGGCAAGGAGGUCACCAACCGAUGGCACCACUUCCACUCGCACACCCCGCAGCGCUCCGUCUGUCCGUACUGUCCGGCGUCCUACAGCCGGAUCGACACGCUCCGGUCGCACCUGCGGAUAAAGCACGCGGACCGGCUGAACGCGCCCAAGUUCGGGACGCCCACGAACUGCAAGAUGCAAAUGUAAACAAACGCGCGGAACUAGCAGCACGGAUUACUACAGGGAACAAGGCACAAACGACGACCACCACGCAACCAUCCGCAGCGCCGCCGCACGGCCAUUGCAAGAACCACACAGUUUGCAAACACUACUACUACUAUCAACAGAGAGGAGGAAACACUCCAGAGCACAGUUCCGUUUGACGUUUACUCGCCAGACAACAAAACAACAACAACAACCGCAAACCGAAUCUUUAAAAAUGUCAAACAUGAAGCCCAGCUUAGAGCGCGAUGCCAUAAAGAAAUCAUUGUUUUUCAAGUCAAGUUCCUAAUUAAGGCUCUUAGUUAUUAAACUAAUCGAAUAUUUUAGCAAACCAACACAAACAAGCACACCACAUACUCACAGACACACACACACUCGCCUUUGUUUUGAGAAGCGUCAAAAUAUCAUCAACGCGAUCCUCCCAAAUAAUUGGUAAAUGUUUGUUUACGUGUUACCAACCUACUCUUACCAUACUACACAUUCAUAGAGCUGUGAGCGCGGUAAGUCAUAUUGUGUGUAAACAAAACUCCUCCCUUCUCCCCUUUUCAAAACAACAACAACAACAACCCAGUAACCGUUGACGUUUUGACAGCGCAGUGUUUUGCUGGUUAGGUUAGGAUUUUAAUUUAGAGAGAAGAAAUUUUUCACAAAACCCCUUUCCACACCCUCACACAUAAACAAAAACAAAAACAACUCAGUUUCAUGCAGAAAACAAAGAUGAAUGGGUUUUCGCAAUGAACUUUUCCGUUUUAAUCAUGAAUAAUUAAGCUGGAGAGUUCGAAAGUGGAGUAAAUUUCCAAAAACAAAAAAACAACAACAAGAAAAACAAUAAAAAAUUUCGAGAGAGAAAGAGCGCAAUGCAUUAUAAAAUGGUUGUCCAACAGAGAGUAGCGACAAUCCUGCCGCAACGAUAACACGCAGAAAAAAAAGUGACAUUAAUCACGAAAUCAGGAUAAAUGCAAAUGAAGAGCGGGCGAACGGGUGCGCCCGCUGUCAAUAAAUUAAAAUAAUAUUGUAAAAAUUAUCCCUUUCCACAGGGACGCCGGCCUUCGGCCGGAAAUGCCGCGGCUAGUUGAAAAAUCGCGAAUUUUGAAUGGCGUUUGAGUAUUUUGGGGUUAUGUAAAUUUAAACUGUCAGCAUCUUUGUUUUAACUUGUUUGAGUACUGAGCCAAGCGAAAUAGUUUAAUUUCAAGUAAAUUAAUUUUGAAACUAAACCUAUUUUCAACUUUAACUACAAUCAAGUGACAUUUGACAGCUAGAACUACCCAGCUCGGGAGAAAGUGAGUAGUUCCACUUUUCCCCGCGCUGGCAGCCGUCACCCGCACGUGUAGUGAACGCGAAAAUGGGUAAACUUUAAGCCGAAAGCAACCCAAAUUAACCAAUUAUUUCAUUUUGAUUCCAUAAACGUCAAAAGGGGGCCCCCUAAUUACCCAUCACAAUGACGGAAUGAUGAAUUCAAUAUGCUCAUUUCCCCUCGCUCCAACAUCGGUAUUCGGACAUCACUUUCGGUGGAAGGGUUAAUUAUCAGCCAAUAAUUCUUUUUUUGACGGUCAAGUGGACACAUCGGAAAUAAGCCCGACCAACCGGAGCGUUGGAGGAAUUAAAAACCUGCCGCGGCGGCCACCGCCGGUGGCCAUCAUUAUCAUUAUGCCAUCUGACAGACUGUGUGGACGCUGACGGAUGGCGGCAAGCGGUUUCAUAGUUGAUGUGGUCACGUUCUGGUUGGAAUUUUUUUUUUCGGUUCGAAUUUUUUACGUUUGCAUUUUUUUCGGUGUGACUCCGCGCAACCUGUCGUGAUGUUUAUUUAAACGGUAAUAAUGAGAUUUUGCGCAGCCGAUUUCGUGUCAAAUUAAGCGAAUUAAAUGAUCUCCCCCAUGGUUGGGCUACCCGUCUGGGUGGGCACUUGUGUGUGGAGGAGGUUGCGUCGAUUGGGUAUCAAUUGAAGGUCGGUGUAGAAAUUCUGGUUUUGGUACUCACAUUUGAUUACUGCUGCUUGAAUAAUGUCAAACCUGAAGCUGUAGCGAUGUCUGACGGUUUGAUGAUGUUGGUUUGUUUACGAUGAUACACUUUGGAUUGAAGACUGUUGUACACGUUGCUUUAGCGAUGUUUACGAUGAUACACCUUCACUUGAAGACUGUUGUACACGAUGUUUUACGAUUUGAUGAAGUUGCUUUGUUUACGAUGAUACACUUUCACUUGAAGAAUGUUGUACACGUUGCUUUAGCGAUGUUUACGAUGAUACACCUUCACUUGAAGACUGUUGUACAAGUUGCUUUAGCGAUGUUUUACGAUUUGAUGAAGUUUCUUUGUUUACGAUGAUACACCUUCACUUGAAGACUAUUGUACAAGUUGCUUUAGCGUUUUUUUGAAGACUGUUGUACACGUUGCUUUAGCGAUGUUUUACGAUUUGAUGAAGUUUCUUUGUUUACGAUGAUACACUUUCACUUGAAGAAUGUUGUACACGUUGCUUUAGCGAUGUUUACGAUGAUACACCUUCACUUGAAGACUGUUGUACAAGUUGCUUUAGCGAUGUUUUACGAUUUGAUGAAGUUUCUUUGUUUACGAUGAUACACCUUCACUUGAAGACUAUUGUACAAGUUGCUUUAGCGUUUUUUUGAAGACUGUUGUACACGUUGCUUUAGCGAUGUUUUACGAUUUGAUGAAGUUUCUUUGUCAACGAUGAUACACCUUCACUUGAAGACUAUUGUACAAGUUGCUUUAGCGUUUUUUUGAAGACUGUUGUACACGUUGCUUUAGCGAUGUUUUACGAUUUGAUGAAGUUUCUUUGUCAACGAUGAUACACCUUCACUUGAAGACUAUUGUACAAGUUGCUUUAGCGUUUUUUCACGAUUUGAUGAAGUUGCUUUGUUUACGAUGAUACACUUUCACUUGAAGAAUGUUGUACACGUUGCUUUAGCGAUGUUUACGAUGAUACACCUUCACUUGAAGACUAUUGUACACGUUGCUCUAGCGACGUUUAACGAUUUGAUGAAGUUGCUUCUGUUACGAUGAUACACUUUCACUUACAGACUGUUGUACACGUUGCUCUAGCGAUGUCUAAGGAUUUAAUGAAGUUGCUUUGUUUACGAUGAUACACUUUCACUUGAAGAAUGUUGUACACGUUGCUUUAGCGACGUUUACGAUGAUACACCUUCACUUGAAGACUAUUGUACACGUUGCUUUAGCGAUUUUUUUACGAUUUGAUGAAGUUUCUUUGUUUACGAUGAUACACUUUCACUUGAAGAAUGUUGUACACGUUGCUUUAGCGAUGUUUACGAUGAUACACCUUCACUUGAAGACUAUUGUACACGUUGCUCUAGCGACGUUUAACGAUUUGAUGAAGUUGCUUCUGUUACGAUGAUACACUUUCACUUACAGACUGUUGUACACGUUGCUCUAGCGAUGUCUAAGGAUUUAAUGAAGUUGCUUUGUUUACGAUGAUACACUUUCACUUGAAGAAUGUUGUACACGUUGCUUUAGCGACGUUUACGAUGAUACACCUUCACUUGAAGACUAUUGUACACGUUGCUUUAGCGAUUUUUUUACGAUUUGAUGAAGUUUCUUUGUUUACGAUGAUACACCUUCACUUGAAGACUAUUGUACAAGUUGCUUUAGCGUUUUUUUGAAGACUGUUGUACACGUUGCUUUAGCGAUGUUUUACGAUUUGAUGAAGUUUCUUUGUCAACGAUGAUACACCUUCACUUGAAGACUAUUGUACAAGUUGCUUUAGCGUUUUUCACGAUUUGAUGAAGUUGCUUUGUUUACGAUGAUACACUUUCACUUGAAGAAUGUUGUACACGUUGCUUUAGCGAUGUUUACGAUGAUACACCUUCACUUGAAGACUAUUGUACACGUUGCUCUAGCGACGUUUAACGAUUUGAUGAAGUUGCUUCUGUUACGAUGAUACACUUUCACUUACAGACUGUUGUACACGUUGCUCUAGCGAUGUCUAAGGAUUUAAUGAAGUUGCUUUGUUUACGAUGAUACACUUUCACUUGAAGAAUGUUGUACACGUUGCUUUAGCGACGUUUACGAUGAUACACCUUCACUUGAAGACUAUUGUACACGUUGCUUUAGCGAUUUUUUUACGAUUUGAUGAAGUUUCUUUGUUUACGAUGAUACACUUUCACUUGAAGAAUGUUGUACACGUUGCUUUAGCGAUGUUUACGAUGAUACACCUUCACUUGAAGACUAUUGUACACGUUGCUCUAGCGACGUUUAACGAUUUGAUGAAGUUGCUUCUGUUACGAUGAUACACUUUCACUUACAGACUGUUGUACACGUUGCUCUAGCGAUGUCUAAGGAUUUAAUGAAGUUGCUUUGUUUACGAUGAUACACUUUCACUUGAAGAAUGUUGUACACGUUGCUUUAGCGACGUUUACGAUGAUACACCUUCACUUGAAGACUAUUGUACACGUUGCUUUAGCGAUUUUUUUACGAUUUGAUGAAGUUUCUUUGUUUACGAUGAUACACCUUCACUUGAAAACUAUUGUACAAGUUGCUUUAGCGUUUUUUUGAAGACUGUUGUACACGUUGCUUUAGCGAUGUUUUACGAUUUGAUGAAGUUUCUUUGUCAACGAUGAUACACCUUCACUUGAAGACUAUUGUACAAGUUGCUUUAGCGUUUUUUCACGAUUUGAUGAAGUUGCUUUGUUUACGAUGAUACACUUUCACUUGAAGAAUGUUGUACACGUUGCUUUAGCGAUGUUUACGAUGAUACACCUUCACUUGAAGACUAUUGUACACGUUGCUCUAGCGACGUUUAACGAUUUGAUGAAGUUGCUUCUGUUACGAUGAUACACUUUCACUUACAGACUGUUGUACACGUUGCUCUAGCGAUGUCUAAGGAUUUAAUGAAGUUGCUUUGUUUACGAUGAUACACUUUCACUUGAAGAAUGUUGUACACGUUGCUUUAGCGACGUUUACGAUGAUACACCUUCACUUGAAGACUGUUGUACACGUUGCUUUAGCGAUGUCUUACGAUUUGAUGAAGUUGCUUUGUUUACGAUGAUACACUUUCAUUUGAAGACUGUUGUACACGUUGUUCUAGUGUUUUCGAAGAAAUUCCAUAGUUUAGGAGUCCUGGACGAUCCUGAAAAAAAAACAUGAAAAGAAAGAAAUUAUUGAACGAAAACAAACUGUUCUUUCAAUGCAUUGACGCUCUCUUCCAGCAAUAAUCUCUCAUAAAAAAUAUUUCAGACAAACAGUCAAAACUCACUCCCACACCCUCACUCUCACAUCCCACAAGCUGUGACAAAUUUCUUCCACAAGUGCCAUAUGCAUAAGUGUAUACCAGAGCAAACCGCAAAACUGUUGUGCGCAAAUAACUUUUCCUCCUCCUUCUCUUCUCGCACUCUUUCUCUCUGUUUGUCUCACCCAUACACCGGCGCCACCGGCGCUCAUGUGCGUGAGCUAGUAGAUAAGUCGAUUUUCGCAACAACAACAAAACACACAUACACAGAAACGAAACUGACACUCGCGAGCCGCGAAAGUCGGCUGCACUCAGAAAAAAAAAACUUUCAUUUUAGGUUUAUAUUUUUGUCAAAAUUUUAAGAACGAGCGUAAGCUGAUAUAGCAAGACACCAAUGAUCUCCAAGAAUACUACUUUUACAUACGUUUUUAAAAAA